GGGGAUAGAGACUUGAACGUGGGGUAUGCAGGUAGCCAGUCACAUCGUAUGUGUCCUCGUGAAACGUGCUGCUCGCCUGAUCAGGAUAUGCGAUCUUAACGACAAAAACUUCUGUUAUGUUGAAGUGGGCUGUGGGUCAGCAGAGGCGCGUGGAGUCCAACGGCUCCACCUGCUGCAGGCCUCCGUUCAGGAAACCCAGGCGACGCUCCACCGGGAAGGAAAAUACACGGGAGAGGCAUGCAUCAGAGGGUUCCCCGAGGACGAGAGACAGUGUCUACAUGAGGCUAGACGCGGUGCCGGCUGCUCUGCGGGACGUCAGCAACUACAGGCUGAACGAAACACCUCCUAGGACCCCCGAGGCGAGGAACAGCCUGAAAAGACGGCAAUCCGAGGUUGUCAAGUCGCCCAGAAAACAGCCUUGCAUCGACAGCCAUGUCGGAAUAGGGAGUCAGGCGUGUUCGGGUUGGAUGUCAGCAAGUAAAUUCUCACUGGAUUCGGCAAGGUCGACUCUUCAGAUCGAGUAUUCUCCUUGUCCCAUCAAAGCGACCCAGAGCCUCAUGGCCCUAGCAGGCGAUUCCCCAGCAAGCCUUUAUUGCAUCAAUCAAUCUCCCAGUCCGGUCGAGCUGGAUCACAAGGAGAUACCUUUGCGUCCGGAAGAAAAAGAAAUCAUCCUUAAUACCCCGGUUAACUCCAGAGGUGCCGCAGUAAGGAGGGAAAUAGCGAGAAGGCUGUGGGAUUCUCCCCUCGUCGAAGUGUCACCUUUAGCCAAGCAGUUCAACUAUCUGAACAUGUGCAUCGACGAGGAAAGCUUACAGCUCUCACCGAUCAUACCGGAUUUUUCUUUUGAGAAAAAGGACGAAGACGAUGCCUUCGAGAAAAACAAGAGCAGGAUAGGAUCGCAGACUAACAACGACAGGAACGGAAACCUACGCGAUUUUGUAAAUAAUGUAAAUAAUUUUAAUGUUAGGGAUAAUCAAAGCGAAAAGAGCUCGGAUAUGUUCGCACCGUCGAUAGAUAUGGAAGCCCCUUCGGAGCUGAGGAGGCAGAAGGUGAUUAGAAGAAGGAAAUGGAAAGGAGGAUUGUCGGAUGGAGAGAGUGCAAGGAAGAUCGCAAGGUCCUGCCUGACACUGCCGAACGGCAUACCAAGUCCUUUCGAAAGCCCGGCUGUCAUGUGCAGGUUGAGACGUCCCGCUGUGAGUCUUCUGACCCUACCAAGCGGCAUUCCAAGCCCUCCGGAGCAAGAAGCCCCGGGUGAAGAGCUAGCCAUGCCUCUGAACUCACCAGGAAAAGAAAGCCCCUUGUCCAUCACAACCUGGGAAUCUCAUAACAUGCACUUUUUGAAAACGCCAAGGUUGACGGAAGCGCAUAUACUCAACGACGCGCCAAUCGACGAGAUGUCAGCCGGAUCCCCUUAUUCUUCUAAAAUCGAAUCAGACGAAGACGCCGUUUCAAGCCUUGGUUCGACAAGUCUGACAUGUAGCCCACAGAAUUACGAUGGGCAGAGCCGUUCCAGGCGUUGCCUUACUUACAAUUCUCCAGGUAAUUUGACAAAAAGCAGAAUGAGUCAGAGAAGAUCUUUAAGCUCAAAACCAUUGCAAGGCGAGCUAGAGCUAAACAUAUAUUUCACCUCAGGCCUUCUGACAAUACACAUCGUCCGAGGGAGGAACCUCCAACCACUCUCCGGCAGCGGGUCAUGCAACGCAUACAUCAAGGUCAGCAUGGUGCCUUGCGCGACUGAACGCACUUUUCACAGGACCUGCGUGAGGAAGGAUUCAUCCAACCCGAGGUUCGACACGAAAUUCACCCUGGAGGUCAACGAGCAGGACUACGAACGCAGGCUGCUCGUGUCUGCAUGGCACAGGGACAGGGGCAACAGGAAAAGCGAAUUCCUUGGGUGCAUGUCAUUUGCAGUGAAGCAUGUUGUUAAAAAGGAAAUAAAUGGUUCAUAUCGCCUCCUGUCCCAAAGCUCUGGACGAGUCAAAAAUGUUCCAGCGAUGACAAAUUCUGAAAACCUUUGGAACAACCAAACAGAAGUAAUGGCUAAUCAGUCUGAAUCUAGCGUGGAAGAAUUAAUUAGCGUGGAUGGAUCUAUUGUUGGAGCACCAAUAGAUACUUUUAAAGAAAGGAGAAGAAAGUCUACAAAAAAAGAAAUGGAAAGAGUGCAUGAAGACCAGAUAUUUCUCAGGCAUUUGGAGCUGGACCCUCUGGAGGACUCUGUGACAGGAAGCCCAAAAGGAGGUCGAACACCAUUCACAACAACAAGAACCCUCAAUAGACAGCCUGGAUCCAGUUAUGGUUUCUCGAUAGCAUGGACUCACCCUCCGAGGGUAGAGAGGGUGGAGUCUGGAUUGCCAGCAGACCAGGCAGGCCUUAGACCCGGAGACUAUGUUAUUUUCGUCGGGAAAACUAAUGUAGUCACUCUGCAAGAAGAAGAGAUUCUCCAGAUCAUAAAGUCAUCUGGUAACAAGCUAGUGCUAGAAGUGUACAGGAAGCCUGUCGGUGGUUCCAGACCAGUGCCUCCUACUGGAACGCAAGCAAGAUCCUCGACAGCAUGCUCUGCAGCUACAACUGCGACUGCAACUGCAUCCAUUGAAAUCACAAAACGGAGGCUCCACCUGCCACAAGUCACUUUCAACAGUGAGAGCAACCCACUGAGCGACGAGGAAUGCAGGAAAAGGAGCGUGUACCAACUGCUUGGAAAGGAGCAGCAGUAUGCACUGAGCUUGCAGUUUGGAAUCGCCAGAUUCAUGCUUCCACUGUCAGAGAGAAAGGACGUCAUCACGCAGAAUGAGCACACGAUCCUGUUCCAGAACACUCAAGAGCUCCUGAGGCAUACAGAGGAUAUACUCGAGUUGUAUGUUCAGGAUGAGACUUUAGGACAAUCAUUAGGAAGAAUUUAUCAAAAAAAGCUCAAUGCAAUAAACAGUGCAUAUAGGAGGUACUGCGUGGGGUUGAAAAAGGCUGACUGCCUCCUCGUAGAAAAGACUAGGAAUUCGACGUUUAUGAAAAUGGUAACUGAGCCACCAAUACCACGCAGAAGGCCUGAUCUGACAACUUUCAUCCACAAACCUCUAGAGCAUUACCGGGAGAUGCUGAAACUUUUGCAGACAACUUUAGCAAACACUAAGGUCAAGGAUGAGGAUUAUGUAGCGCUUUCGAAAGUUGUUCAUGACAUGCAGGCAACUUAUAGAGAGAUAACAGUCGAAUCUGGACUAAUGGAACCGGAUGGUGAAGGCCGGCCAUUGCUUUCACUUCAAGACCUGGAGAGCAGACUUGUGUUCACUAGAUGUAAACCAUUUGUAUUGAGUGCUCCAGGCCGACAGUGGAUUUUUGGUGGUGACCUGAGCCGCGUCGAGGGCAGGGCUGUACGCCCGUUCUGGGCUCUGCUUUUCACAGAUCUUCUCCUCUUUGCCAAAGUAAGCAGGGACAGGGUAAUAUUUGUGACUGAGGAGCCCCUACCGCUCAACAUGGUCAGCCAAGCAUUGUUCUCGAUAAGAAAAAAAGCAACGGAAUUCAGACUUUUAAUAAGUACAAGCCCUCCUGGAGAAGAAAGCCCGGCUGUGGGAGGGUGCGCUGAUCUUCCUCUGACCAGGACACCGAGGAAAGGGCCAAGGAGGAGAACUGUUGCUCUCAGAGCACCCACGACAGAACUGAAAGCCGUCUGGCAGAAUCUGAUCCAAAGGCAGAUAAUAUACGUGAACACGGCUAGGGGAGGAACUCCGGCUAGCAGCCCGAUGGAUUCGCCCGACCCUCUAACUGCCGAUUCGCUCGAGUCUGUCUCAAUGAAGCGACAGGUUCCAGAGCUGACUGAAAAACCCGGUGUUGUCGACCUGAUAGACCAUCGAUGCCGACAGUUAGGAAAGACAGGAGUUAGUAAAGAAAGUGCUAUGCAUUUGGCACAAUGGAUGAAAGGACAAUUAGGGGACGGUUCGCCUGAAACCGAAUCCGAGCCGGAAAUUUGGUCACCGAGCGCAUUGAGAAGAAGAGCUGCGACCAUGAAAGGAUUGGAGGGAGGGAUUCUGCCUAUUCAGAGGAGCAUAAGCCGAUGCGAAGAAAUUGAAAUAUCUGAUCAUGAACAGAGUACUUCUGACAGCCAGAAUACGGUGAAAUCUACAUCUGGCAACUCAGAGAAGCUGAUGGCUGUUUGCCGAAAAUGCCACAAGACUUGUCUUCCAAAUAAUAAAAAUAACAGCAGCGCUGUAGUAGAUAUUAAUGCAAAUGCGGCGAGGGAGGCGUUCACCGAUGAGAACAACUGGGGUAUCAGUUGCGAUGCGAAUCUGAGCCCAACUGACCCAUUCCUCCCAGUGCCGCAUAUUUCCGUCCAACCGCCUACACCAACAGCAGGUGGUGUCGCCAUCCACACCUCGCACAGUGGCAACAACAACUUCUGGGAAGAUUCAGAUAGUACAGUCAAGAAGGAGGACAAUAGUAACCACAGCAGUCCAAAUUUAUUUGGUGAGGAUAAUGAAGGUGAAAGCGAUGGCGAGAUCGAAGAACCUCCAUAUCAAUCUUUAUCACCUUGUGGACUCAAAAGAUAUGGGACCGUGAGCAGCCUUGAGAAGCUCGAUGAUGAUUCUGAUGAGGACACAAGCCGCGGAGAUCAUGAUGAACUUCCCCAAGAUGGUACAAACAACCAGCAUUUUGAAUCAGUUGGGCAAUCAAUCAGAGGAUGGACUGUCCGAGCAGGUACAUUUGUUGUUGAAAAAAUGGCAUUUUUUGAAAGAGUGACUGACGACUCAAAAGGAGUUUCCUUUAUCGAUAGAUAUUUACGUGGUGAUCCAAAACACAAUGAGGAACUUUUAGCUACAUCGACAAGUUUGGCUGGUGAAGAAGAAUGUGAGACUUCCGGUGCUACUUCAGGCGAAGAAGUGUGGGGAACGCCUACCAGCGGAGAUUCUGGCCUUACUUCACCGAACACCGAGUUUGCAGAAACGGUGGGAUCAGCUUUGGAUGAUGCAAGGGAACAGUUGAUGCUAGACAGGCUGUUGAGCGGGAUGAGCAUAAUGGGAAGCUUAGUGCCUUUAUGCCCUGUGACAAGGGGUUUUCCUCAACGAAGACGACUUGAUCCUCUUCCCGAAGACGAAGAAGAUACCAGUGACUCGACAUCGAUAGACAACAGCGAAGCAACAAAAAGCUACACAACUGAUCAAGGUAAUAAGUCUGACAGCUGUGCAGUUAAGGCCAAAUCUGCUACAAGCACACCACACAGGAUCUUCAAUAAGCUGAGGUUAAGGCGAAGCCAGUCUGCAGACUCUAAAUCACCCAGGCCUAAAAAAUUCAUGGAGUUCUUGAGAGGUAGCAAAAGUGAAGAGCACACAAGCAGCUCAGGCAGCAGACUGACAAGACUCUUCAGUAGAGAAUCACAAGAUGAUAUCCCUACAUCAAUGCCGCCUGACUUUGUUCAAAAAAGAGAAUAUGAUAAAACUCUAGAAAGACGAUUCUGGAAACAGUUGAGGAAAAGGAGGUCUAGCAAUGAUGCUUCUUCUACAUCCAAAAUGCCUUUUUCAAGCACAUAGCAUUGGAUGAGGCGAAAAUUAGCUGGAAAGGAGCCGGCGUCACGGUUUUUAAACAGUUGAGAAUCAUCUUUUUUUAAUCGACAACGUUUGCCUUUAAAUAGACAUGAAAUUUUAUAAAAUUAAAAUGUCGGUGUGUUUUUUUAUUUUUUUUUUUCCA